GUGGUUGACGGCAGCGUUGCCAUGACGCCCUUCCAGCUGUUGCUGGGGAAACGCCAACCCCACCACCAAGCAGCGGCGGCGGAGGAUCCGGCGGUCGGACCGCCCGCCGAGCGCCCGGCGCCGCCUGGAGGUUCUGCUGCAGUCAGAGAGCUGCUGCAGAGUCCGGCUCACGUGCUGCCCGCCGCCGCCGCGCUCUGCUCCGCCUUCMUGGAGGCUCUGCUCGRCGUCGCCACGGAAACCAGGGAAAACGAAACCUCAGCGGGAGAAACGCCCAGCGACCCGGAGGAGGAGGAGGAGGAGGAAGAUUCGGAUCAGGAAAUGGAAACCAGAGCAACACGGCCAGAGAGGAGGCCGCUGGAGACGGACAGCGCCGACCCGGUUCUGAGCAGAGCCCAGCUCAGGGAGCUGAGGCGGGUCAGGAAACUGGACCACAGCUGGUUCUCCAGCCUGCUAGACUCCUGAGCAGCAGAACCAGAACCUGGGAGCGGUUCUGGGUUUCCUUCCAGGAAGGAGAAGCGACAGGAAGCUGGUUCUGGA